AUGAAUUAAAAGAUUAAAAAUAAAUCAUGUAAAGAAUUCAAUAAAAAAUAAUAAAUAAUUUAAUAUAACUUAUAAAAUAUUUUUCAUAAAUUUAUAUAAUAAUUUAAAAAUUUUUAAUAAUUUUUAAAAGAUAUAAUUACGUUUAUAUUUUUUAAAAAUAGUCCUUAAUAAUCUGAUUCACCAUAAAGGAAUAGUUUACUUUAGAAAAAUAUUAACUCAAAUCAAAUAUAAUCAGGUACAGCUAUAGAAGAAAAAAAAGAGCAACAAAAUCAAAUUUUUAAAGAUGAUGAUGACGAUGAAUCUAAACUUAUAAUUCAUCCAUUAGUAAAUGCGUUUUUGAAUAGUUUACCAUUCAGUAUACUUGUUAACGCUUUGACUUUUUUUACACUUUUUGGUGAUGAUAUUAGAAUAAUAGCAUUUGAUAAAGAUGCAGAUGUAUACUUUGAUGCUAUUAAUAUUUUAGCUUUGAUUGUAUUUUCUUGUGAAAUUAUAUUAUGUGUAAUUAGUAGAAAAGGAUAUGCAUGCUCGUUUUUCUUUUGGUUGGAUACAAUUUCUACUAUUUCUCUAGUUUUAGACAUUUAAUUAAUUUCUAAUUAUUUAUUUUAUUCUUCUACUGCUAAUACAUAAUCUUUAGCAAAAGCAGGAAAAACUUCAAGAAUAGGAACAAGGGCAGGAAGAAUAGUUAGAUUAGUUAGAUUAAUUCGUAUAGUUAAAUUAUAUAAGGCAGCAUCAGCUGAAAAAGAUGAUGAAAUUUAAAUAAAAAAAAAAAUAGAAGAAAGACGAAUGAAAAAAAAAUAAGUUUAUCCAAAUCCUAGUAAUUAUGAAUCCCGUGUAUCAAAAAAAUUAUCCGAUUUAACUACUAAACGAGUAAUAAUAAUAGUACUAGUAUUACUUUUUAUACUGCCAUUAUUUUCUGCUGAUUAUUAUUUUGACCCACCUAUUACUAUGGAUUUGUGUAUCCAACAAUUAGUAUUAAUCACAGAAAACAAUAACUCCUAAAAAGCAGACAUUAAACUAUUAUUUGAUACUAUAGUUGAACGUCAUAAAAACUUACAAACCCCUAUCGUGUAUUUAUAAACGCCUUUUUAGGACAAAAGUUUAUAAUAUUAAAGUUCCGAUUUUAAUCUCCUACGUUUAACAGAAAAAGAAGGUACUGAACUUCCUAUUGAUUUAAAUAAUUUCAAAUAAAAUCACCUUAAUGGAUUUACUUAAGAUAUAAUAUAUAUGAGCACUUUAAGUGAAGAUAAUUUAGUAUUUUCUGGAUAUCUGAAUAUUCGAUCAAAUUCAAUAGUAAACGCAGGACUUUCGAUUGGAAGGACUAUUUUCGUAUGUAUAGUAUUAACUGUUGGAGCUUUGUUAUUCGCUAAAGACGCAAAUGAUUUGGCUUUAGGCCCAAUAGAAAGGAUGAGAGACAAAGUAAUUUAAAUCGCAAAUAAUCCUUUAUCUUCGAAGGACUAGAAAUUAAUUAAAGGUAAAGAUGUUGAAUAAUAUGAAACUGUAAUUAUCGAAAAUGCCAUUAUUAAAAUUGGUACUUUACUCGCAUUAGGCUUUGGUGAUGCCGGAAGUGAAAUCAUUGGAAGUAAUAUGGCUACUACAGGAGAUGUGGACCCUAUGAUUCCUGGUAAAAAAAAAUGCGCCAUUUAUGGUUUUUGUGAUAUUAGGAAUUUCACAGAUGCCACCGAAGUAUUAUAAGAAGAUGUGAUGGUUUUUGUUAAUAAUAUAGGUGAAGUAGUACAUACUAUGGUAGAUAGAUAUUUAGGGGCUGCUAAUAAGAAUAUUGGAGACGCUUUUUUAUUAGUAUGGAAAAUUUAAGAAAAUAAAUAUUCAAUAGAUGAUUUGGAAAAUACAAUUGUUUAUCAUGACAAAAAGUAUAUUAAUAUGCUUUCAGAUUACGCGGCGAUUUCUUUUGUUAGAAUUAAUGCCAAAAUUAAUAGGUUGCCAAAAAUUUUGGCCUAUAGACAAGAUAAAAGACUCUAACAAAGAAUUGAAAAUUAUGCAGUAAAAAUGGGGUAUGGAUUACAUAUAGGCUGGGGAAUAGAAGGAGCUAUUGGAUCAGAAUUUAAAAUUGAUGCCAGUUACUUGUCACCGAAUGUUAAUAUGGCAAGUAGAUUGGAAGCCGCUACUAAAUAAUAUGGGGUACCUUUGCUUAUUUCGAGUGAUUUAAUUGAUUAAAUGUCGGAUUCGAUGAAGGAGUUUACUAGAUAUAUUGAUAGAGUGACUGUUAAAGGGUCAGUUAGACCAAUUGGGCUUUAUACUGUUGAUACUGAUUGUGAUGGAUUGGAACCUUCUAAUAAAAAAUAAUAAAAACAUUAUUUUUUUUAGUAAAAUAUAUUUAAUAUAUUAAAGCAUGAAGAAGCUAAAUAUAAAAGAUAAGAAAAUCAAGGAAGAAUGCAUAAUUAUGUGGAAGGAAUUGAAAAUUGGAAUUUUGGUGAUUAUAUUAAUGAAAUAAAAGAUUUAAGGAUGAUUUUUAGUAAAAGAAAUCCGGAAUUUCAAAAGAUUUUCAAAGAAGGCUUUUAGAAUUAUUUGAAGGGUAAAUGGAAAGAAAGUAAAGAAUGUAUCAUUAAUGCAUAAAAAUUAAAUCAUAAUGAUGGACCUAGUAAAACACUUUUGGAUUUUAUGGGAUAGUACUAGUUUAAUGCGCCUGCUAAUUGGUCUGGAUUUAGGGAGUUGACUGAAAAGUGA